AUGCCUCUCUCUUGCUUUGCUCAUGCAAUUAGUCAGCCAAUUGUCUUUGGACUGAAAGUCAUUGACUUCUCUGUCAUCCUGGUCGAAAACUACAAUUUUGAGGCCAAGUCGAUGCUUUACUAUGGCCACCCAACAACCGUCGCCGAGGAAGUUGACUUUUGCAAUAUCACGGUCACGUACAGUCACCCUGGCCAGAACGACACUGUCCGCGUUGAAACAUGGCUUCCUAUUGUCAACUUCAAUGGUCGACUCCAAUCCAUCGGGGGAGGAGGCUGGGUAGCCGGACGAUAUCUGCCGAGCUAUGCUGCCAUGAGCGGAGCAAUCGGUGAGGGAUAUGCUACCUCUACGACUGACGCUGGGCUGCAACUACAAAUGGACUAUGGUCCUGAUAUUUGGGCCCUAAGCAGCGAAGGGAAUCCCAAUCUCUCCGCCCUCCAGAACUUCGCUUCUAUCUCCCUAGGCGAUCAAGCAAAUAUUGCUAAAGGGUUGAUCGAAAGUUUCUAUGGCGAAGCACCCAAGUAUUCGUACUGGAGUGGCUGUUCUCAAGGUGGGAGGCAGGGUAUGAUGCUUGCGCAGCGGUAUCCAGAAGCCUAUGAUGGCAUACAUGCGUGUGCACCAGCAAUCAACUGGAACCAAUUCUUCAUGUCAACCUUUUGGCCUCAGCUAAUUAUGCAGGAGCUAGACUACUUUCCGUACCCUUGUGAGAUGAACGCCAUCUUGGUGGAGGCCAUAGAGGCCUGUGAUGGCCUUGAUGGCAUUGUCGAUGGAAUCAUCUCCAACGAAGACGCCUGUGAUUUUGAUCCAAUGGACAUCGUCGGCAAAUCGUUCAACUGUUCCGAUACUGCUACUAUUGUUAGCAUCACUGAGGAGGCAGCCAAGAUAGCCAAAUCGACCUGGUCAGGCCCACGCACUACUGAUGGCAAGUUCAUAUGGUACGGCCCCAACAUGGGAGCUCAGCUCAGCGGGCAGUCGCUCCAGUUGACAAACGAUAUUGGACUUGCCAUGACCACGUGCAGCAACGGGACUUGCCAAGGAGCUCCAGUGGGGCUAGGCGAGGUUUGGAUCAAGUACUGGAUAGAAGCGAACCCUGACUGGUCGUACAAGAAUAUGAGCCGAGAAGCGUUUGAUGUUUAUGCCCACGAAGCUGUUCAGCGGUAUGAGUCAGUAAUUGGGACGAACAAUCCCGACCUGAGAGCCUUCAACAAGAAGGGCGGCAAGAUUUUGGGCUAUCAUGGAACGCACGAUCAGCUUAUCCCAGUCAAGGGCACAAGACACUACUACGAAAGAGUAAGGGAGAUUAUCCCUGAAGUCGCAAGCUUUUACCGCGUAUUCGAAGUUCCUGGGCUACUGCACUGCUCAGGCGGCAAAGGGGGACAGCCGACGAACACGUUUGACGCACUCCGGGCUUGGGUCGAGAACGGGACCGUGCCAGCGGAACUGCCUCACUCUUUCAAGGACGACAACAGUUAUGAGCAGCAACGUCUGCUCUGCCCUUAUCCCCAGAAAGCGUGGUUAAAGACAAACAAUAAUAAAAAAGUCGUUUAUAAGUCUGGUGACUUUGUUUGCGUCUGA